AGGCCACGAGGCCAGCGACGGACGGAGAGAGGUAUGGAGAAGAAGCUAUCUUCAGCUGCUAAGUCUUUCACUCCAUCACCGAUUCAACAACUCUCAUUUCUUGCUCAGAGAUGCAACGCAAUCAACCUCGCUGAAGGCUUCCCAGACUUUCCUGCUCCUCUCCACAUCAAAAACGCAGCCGUUUCCGCUAUCAAUUCUGACUUCAAUCAGUACAGACACGUGCAAGGAAUCUGUGAGCAGUUGGCCAAAAUAGUGAAGCAAAUGCAUGGUUUAAAUGUUGAUCCUCUGAGUGAUAUCGCCAUUUGCUGUGGCCAAACAGAGGCGUUUGCAGCAGCAGUUUUUGCUGUAAUAGACAAAGGUGAUGAAGUUGUGCUCUUUGAUCCUGCAUAUGAAACAUAUGAAGCAUCCAUAAUCGUUGCUGGAGGAGUCCCAGUAUAUGUAGCUCUUGAUCCACCUCACUGGACAUUGGAUCCACAUAAAUUCAUCAAGUCUAUUACUGCUAAAACAAAAGCUAUAGUAUUGAAUAGCCCUCACAACCCAACUGGCAAAAUUUUUUCCGAAGACGAGCUUGAGAUUAUCGCUGGAGCUUGCUGCAUAAAGGAUUGCCUAGCUAUAACUGAUGAAGUAUAUGAGCAUAUAAUUUUUGAGAACGAGAAGCAUACAUCCCUUGCCUCCCUUCCAGGAAUGCAAGAGCGGACUAUCAUCACAUCUUCCUUAUCAAAAACUUUUAGCGUUACAGGUUGGAGGGUUGGAUGGGCCAUUGCUCCUCCUAUCAUUGCAUCUGCAAUCAGAAACAUUCAUGUUAAAAUGACGGAUUCUGCUCCAGCACCAUUCCAGGAGGCUGCUUUGACUGCUUUGAGCAGCCCCUUGGAAUACUUUGAAUCACUGAGAAAGGAAUAUGAAUUCAAAAGAGACUAUGUUGUGAAGUUGCUCGGUGGGAUUGGUUUCCAGAUUCAUUUUAAGCCUCAGGGCUCAUUCUUUUUAUUUGCAGAGCUUCCUCAGAACUGUUUACUUUCUGAUGUAGAAUAUGUUGAAGAAAUGAUAAAACAAGCGGAGGUGGUAGCUGUGCCAGGAUGUGGAUUUUUUCACACAAAUUUCUCACGGGAAAAUUCAUCUGAAGUUGGAAAUAGCUAUCAUAAGAGAUACAUCAGGUUUGCCUUCUGCAAAAGCAAUGAUACUUUGGCAGCUGCAGCACAGAAGCUUGGCAAGGUUUUGGACGAUUCAGGGUGUCUAAAGAUACAUUGAUUUGUAGCAAGGGUAACUGUUAAUAACCGAGGUUGAUAUAUUGCCCUAAAAUUUAGUGUAGUACGAUUUUCCCUCUUU